GUCUGUGUCACCUAGCCUGCAGCGUAGUGCCUGCUGGGAGUAAAAGUCUGAGACUAGUCACGUGGUUCGGCCCGGCGGCUCUCGGUCAGUCAUGCUGGGAGUGCUGAGCAGUUUUCAGCCGCCCGCGGAAGGGGUGAAGCGGCUGCAGACCGGGACUGAGGCGGUGCUGAGCGGUCAGCGGCUGGGCACUGGUACCCUGUACAUCGCCGAGAGUCGGUUGUCGUGGCUGAACGGCUCCGGCCUUGGCUUUUCCUUGGAGUAUCCGUCCAUCAGCCUGCACGCCAUCUCCAGGGACACCGCCGCCUACCCGGAGGAGCACCUCUAUGUGAUGGUGAACACCAAGCUGGCAGACAGCGAUGCAAAAGAAGCGAAGAUGAAAGAUGAGGGAGAAGACAAUGGGGAGGAAGAAGAUGAUGAUGAAGAUGAUGAUGAUGACGAGGAGCCCAUCACAGAAAUCCGGUUUGUUCCUGAGAAUAAAUCUGACUUGGGGGAGAUGUUCUCCGCCAUGUGUGACUGCCAGGCCCUGCACCCCGAUCCAGAAGAUGAGGAUUCAGACGAUGACUUUGAAGGAGAAGAGUACGAUGUGGAGGCACAUGGAUUGUAUCCUGUGCCUUCUCCAGAACAAGGACAUGCUGACAUCCCCUCGUUUUACACCUAUGAGGAAGGCUUGUCCCAUCUCACCUCUGAAGGUCAGGCUACUCUGGAGAGGUUAGAAGACAUGCUGGCCAACUCCGUCGCCAGUCAGCACACCAUGGCCGGGGUCCGCGUUGAAGGCUCGGCUGCGGAUUACGAAGAUGGCAUGGAGGUGGAGGUGGCGCCCGCCGUGGCAGGACAGUUCGAAGACGCAGAUGUUGAUCACUGAUGGGUACAAGAGGAACGGCCGUGAACGGUUCCAAUCACUGUGCGCCGCCGACACAGCAUCAUUUCAUUAGACUUCAGUCAUUCCAGUGCUCCGUGGACGCUCCACGCCGCUUCAUAAGCAACAUUUUCCCUUUUAGACAUGAAGUAACCGUAGCUGCCAAGUGUGGACCUCGGUGACCACCCCCCCCCCAGAUGAUACCAGGCGCCUCCGUUAGAGACCGUAGAGCACUAGGACCGUAGUCUCCAGUCUUGUGGCACUGGAUUUUCUGCUUUUGUUUUUCUGAUAACCGGCCGGACCUUUCUUACCCCGUGCGCAUUUAAUAGGGAUUUUGGACUGGAAAACGGCGAGCACUUCUCACUAGAUCCUGACAGUAUUUGUAAGACUUCUUAAUAUUGUCUAAUAAACUAGGUUUUUGUAUCAAG